AUGGGUCAAAAGAACUCGACUUUAAGAGUAAAAUUAAAGGAAUCUAAGUACAGUGAAUAUUCACCCAAGACAGUAGUUUUACAACGAAGACCAGAAGGCUAUGGAUUUGUUUUACGUGGAGCGAGAUCUCAAUCUCACAGUGCAAGUUUGGAGUUCCAACCUACAGCAGAGUUUCCAGCAUUACAAUAUUUGGAUAGCGUUGAUCCUGGUAGUCAAUCAGAUAGAGCCGGAUUAAAAACUGGAGAUUUUAUAUUAGAGAUAAAUGGAGAGAAUGUAGUUAAAGCUACUCAUGAAAGAGUUGUACAGUUAAUAAGAACAUCUAAAGAAUCGUUGAUUAUGAAAGUGGUAACAGCACGACCAGUGGAGAAAUCUUCUGAUUGGUUUACGCAUCAAGAUGGAUCAAUGACUUUGCCCAAUCGUAAAAAACAAGCUCCACAACCACCCAGACGUAAUCCAGAUACAUCAUUAUCCUAUAGUAAAGCUACUAGUAAGUCUAUGGCAGAGGGAUUAGCUGAAAUAGAAAAACUGGAUCAGACACUAGCAGAAUUUGAUUUAAGUGGUAACAGACGGAAUUCAUUAACAGUCAAUGAAAUUUCAAGUGAACAGAAGACAGCCUCUGUUCGAGGAUCCCAUGCCAUGAAGAGAUUGUCUUGUGUAGAUAUAAACCAUAUAGUAGUAGGAGAUCAUGUAGAACCAGCUGACCCUACUUACGAUACACCACAUAAAUCAAAAGAUUACAUGAGUCCAGCUGAAUUACGUAUCAGAAAAUACCAUAAAAAACAAAAUGGCAUUAUGGAAAGAUCAAAAAGUACACCAGACUUAGCUGUGCCUGAUGAAGUUGUUUAUGCCUCUACAAAUCUUCCAGGGAGUGGAACAACUUUAUAUGAUCGCUCAGCUGUCACUAGAACCCAGAAGAUCUACCAAAAACCAGGGUCUCCAGGUCAUUAUCGACAAGGUCAUAUGGCUGAUGUUAAACGACCUAUGUCCCAAAUGAACCCUGAUAGACUUAAAACAUCUGUGUAUGCUGGUCCUGUGGUAAUCAGAUCUAAUUCUGAAGAAAGUGAUCCACCCAGUAUUCCUGGACGUGUUCCAGUGCCUGCUCCUAAAAAGCCUGCCCCAACUCCUCCAGGCAAGUCUGAAGUUGUUAGCAUCAGUACAUCCAGGAAUGAUAAUGUUUAUGCCAAUGUGUCAGCAGAAAUUCAAGCUCGCAAGAAAGAAAAGGAGGAGUCUCCAUAUGAGUCUAGUUUCAGGCCUGGUACACUUGCCAGAUUGACAAAUCAGCCAAAAGUAACAACAGCUUCUCUGGAACAGGCCAAGUUAAAAUCUCACAGUAGAAGUAGUAGUUAUGGUGUCAUGUCCUUGCCUCAAGAUGAAGAAACCAGUGAUAAAAAUGUGUCAUUUGCAGAUGAUAAAACCAUGACAAAUGCAGCUUCCUUCAUUCAAAAACACCCUAAUGCACAACUGUUGGUGACAGCAGACGUCCACCAGAAGAAAGAUAAGAAAGUUUAUUAUGAACCAGAACCUGAUUAUGAUGAUAGUGAUGAAGACAAGCGCAGUUCAAACACAACAAAGCUGCAAGUUCCUGCUAAUAUCAGUCGGCAAUCCAGUGUGAGUUCCUCAGGUUCGAAGAAUGCUUCAGAAGACACUAGAAAGGAUGUUCGUCCAAAGUCAACUUCAGUUACUGUCAUUGCGGUGGGUGAUACAACAAUGAAAAGGAAGUCUCCGGUUACAGAGCGCCAUUUUGCUAUUCAUUCUGAUAUUCCAUCAACUAAGAAAUCAACACCACAGUCUCAAUCUGGUGAAGCAAAGAUUAUGAUACCACCUAGACCUAAUGAACCAGCUCCUCAUCCACCAACAGUCAUUUCCAACCACUAUUCAGGACACAGAUCUUCUUCUUCACCUAACUCAAGUAAUAGUUCUAGAAGAUCUUCGGUACAAUCUAGUCAAAGUGGUGGCAAGGAUUCAUAUGAUGGUUCUCCAAUGAACCAAGCACCAGUCACGUUCCCUAAACCUCAGAUACAAGAGAGUGUACAUCACACACCACCACCCCAGGCACCUCCUCCACCCCCACCACCGCCUGCAGCACCGCCAGUUCCCUCAACCUUGCCAACAACACCAUCAUUUCAAGAGUCACAAAUGAGGAGUCCACCAAAACAAGAAACUCCUCAAAUCUCAGCUUCUGAUAUCAUGAAUGCUGUAAAGCUGCGUCAGAGUAGAAUUGAGACUGAAGGACCAAGAAUGGUUGAAACAACACCUUCACAACCUCCACCACCUAAAACACCUAUUGAUAUGAAUCAAUUAGCAUUAAAGGCGGCAGUUGAAGCUCGUAAACAGAGAUUAAAACAAGAAAAUGACACUGCUGUUGUGGAUCAAAUCGAAUCUAGACUUCACAAAACCAAGAAAUUGCAGUCAGCUAAAUACUUCUUUUCAAGUGACACAAUAAAGAAUGAGAAUAAGAAUACUGAGACCGAACAGAAAAGUGAAACACCUGAGAAGACACCAACAGCUAAAAAGACACAGGCACCACCUCCUCCAAAUGUCAAACCAAAAAGUCCUCAAGUUGCACCUAAAACUAAAGCACCAGCUACUCCUCUCAAAACAGAGGUUAAAUCAUCUCCAGUUCCAAAACCAAUUUCUAGCUCCACACCUGUUCAGAAACCAGUCUCCAAUACAGUUACUAGUCAGAAUGAAGCCAAUGAUUUUCUUGCCAUGGCUGAAAAGGCAAGACUGGAAAUUUUACAGAAAAAAGGUGGUGGAACUAAAAGCUCUUCAGUAACACCUAUUUACAGCUCAUCAAAUAUUUCAAAAUCAAAGAAAGCAGAUUCAAAAACACCUGAAAAACCAAAAGAAGAUCCAAAAUUGUCAAUCAAAGAUAAAAUAGCCGGUUUUGAGAAACAGAAACAAGAGGCUAAUGGAGUUACUAACGGAACUAAUAUUGAGUUAGAUGGGGUAACUGAAGAUCAUUCCCAUACUGAAGCUGGUAAUACACUCACACGCAAUGGAAAUAGUGCUUAUUCCCCCUUUGUGGCCCCACCACCAGGAUUUGGUGAUACUAAUACCAUGAACUUGGAAAUAAUUCCACCGCCAAUAUCAUUUUCUAAUGAUGCUAGUGUAGAUAGUGGACAAGGUUCAGAUCAUUUUAAUUCUGCAUUCGGACAUGAUGAUUCUGCAAGUUUAGUGUCAUCAGCAUCUACUUUAAGUACAUUAUCUAGUGAGCAGGGUGAAGGGAAAUCCCAUUAUGAGGAUAUUAUUGCUCCCCCACCCCCGGGAUUUAGUGAUAUUAGUGAAUAUGAUGAAAGUGAUGUGAUUCCCCCACCCCCUCAGUUUUCAAGCAACGAUAAUAAACCCAAACCUUUGAGACCCUAUCAAACAAAAGGUGUGGACACAUGGUUGUGUACAGAUGUAUUAGAUUGGUUGGAAAGUUUAGGGAUGACCCAAUAUAAAAGUAGCUUUGCUAAAAACUGUAUUGAUGGACCUAAGCUGUUAAUGUUGGGUCGAAAUGACUAUAUCCAAUUAGGAGUUACGCAAGUUGGACAUAGAAUGAACUUAGAAAGAUCGAUUAAAAAAGUGGCUUUGGGUAAAAUAAGUACAGCAAUGUGA